GAUAAAUCGCAGGCUCAAAAUAACGGUUCUACUGUUCCAAGAUGGCGUCCUUGACUGCGGUCGUUUGUCGGGCUGCUUACCCCGACCAUACCGCUGUAUCUCGCAGCUCGAUCGCGGCUAAAACCUCCAAGAAGAAAAUUAAGUCAAAGGGACAUCUAGUGCACCGAUCUUCUGGGAUCCCACCAUUUUCUGCAUGGGUUGAACCGGUUAGAAGUUACGAGCCCCAGGCGGCCAUGGAAAACGCGCGUUCUGCAGAAAGAAGGAUGCAGUACAUGAUUCACGCGAGACAAGAACGAUUAAAAGAGUUCCAAGAAGGUGUUAAGUGUAGGGUAAAAGAGAUGGAAAGGAUUAAGCGCGAUGAGCAAAUGGGAAACACUUACAAAGCUAUUGAAUUUGAACGCAAUGUCGUCCACCAAAGCUCGUUCCCAAAGAAGGCCUCUUUGCCAAAGAGAGAUACAUGUGUUUAUAGGGAUGAUUCAGACCUCACGAUCAAAAAGCCAAUUACACGUGGUAGUGUGAUACACGACCACGAAGCGGUAGGCAAAGCAAAUCGCAUGCUCGAAGAACACGCGGAUAAGAUAAAAACAUCAGCACAAUACGCACGUGGAAUUUUAAAGUCAAAGUGUUUGCCUAUCGAUGAACAACAACGGCAAGCGCUCCCUGGUGGGCUAUGGUCUGUAUCACCUUCGAGGGAUCAUGGUAGUGUGAGGCAGGAAGUGAUAGAUGAUCAGAGACAAGAGGGAAACCAGCCACCCAGUGGCUUGUCAAACACUAAAGGCGAAGGAAGGGCCGAACACUCAGGUGAUUACUGGAUAGGGGAUAAUGAAAUAGUGGAUACUUCAUUAUCAGUGAUUGAUGAGAAGGAAGAAGCGGAACCAGAGGUACCACAGGAAGAAGAAUUACCAUCUUGGAUAGCAGGCCAAGAAAACGUCACAGUUUUUAGAAAACAGAGUACAAUUGGAAAACAGCAACCUAAAAGAGUACAUUUUGCAGGAGCUAGAGUUCUGAAUGACUGCAGAGACAGUGAAAAAGAUGCACAGAUUAGGAGUAAUUUUAUGAUAAAUAGGCAAUCAAUUGAACGGUUUUUGAAGCCUGGAAAGGUAUUAGAGGAGAAGAAAUGUCAGAGCAAGAACCAAAUGGCAGUUUACAGGCGAUUGUUUAUGGAUAUGGAGAGAGAACAGGUGCGUGAGAACAUCAGAAUGAAAGAGCAUCGCAAGAGGAUGGCCGAGGUUAAGGUGGAGAAGGAGAUCCAGAGACUUGAGGUAGAGAGAAGAGAUAAGCUGGAGAUGAUAGCCCAGGAAGCCGAAAAGGUUGAACCCUCCGACACUGAACAAGAGGAAAUAGCAUACCAGAGAGUCAUUCAACAGAGGCAUGAGAAGUUACAAAAAAGUAAAGAGACUGAGAGGUUUAUUGAUGCUUUGAGAGCAAUGAUUAAAGAGAAGAUGGGUAAGAAAGGAGUAAGGUUGCCUCCAUUAUGUGCUUGUGGACCAACAAUCUGGGAUGCCAGUCCUGAAACUUGUGCAAAUAAUUGUGUGUUCUACAGAAACCCUAAGGCUUAUGCCAAAGCUUUGUCAUCACUUCUUGGCUCAAUAGGAUCAUAGUCAGGUGUUUACAGAGAUUCAGUAGAAACCUUAAGAUUUGUAAUGGCAGCAAUGACUGCACACAAACACCUAUUUCAAUGACGGCACACAAACACCUAUUUCAAUAAUGACAACAUACAUACACCUAUUUCAACAACUGCACACAUACUGUACCCCUAUUUUAAUGAUGACAACAUGCAUAUGGUACACCUAUUUCAAUGAUUGCAGACAUACUGUACGCCUAUUUCAAUGAUCCACAUAGAUAGAAUAUGCUACAAAUCCCUUAUUAUAUAUUUUUAAUAACAAUAUACCUUUUUUGUAAAUAAUGCAUGUAGGUACGUUGUCACUAUGUUUCUAAUGAAAACAUAAAAACUUUGUUAUGAAUAAGUAAAGUAUAUUUUUUUUCCGGUAACUGCAAGCUUAAUGAGUUAAUAAAUAAACAGAGACUUUUUUAA